CUCCGUGUUGGUGAGUGUGGGCGAUGGCUCAUUGGGGAGUGGCGGGAAUAUAGUUAUUGGAGCUGGAUCAGCUAUGGAUAGUACUGGUGGGCGGAUUGAUAUCGUAAGUGGAUCUUCAGGAGGAUAUGGUAGCAGCAGCGGAUCAGUGUUCUUUGGAUCCGUAAGUAGUGGUAUUACAGGUGCCGUCAUUGUGAGCUCUGGUACUAGUAGUGCCGGUGCGUCUGGUCUUGUGACAGUAUCGUCCGGAGCAAGCUCGGGUGGCACGAGUGGACAGUUAAAUAUUAGUGCUGGAAGCAGUAUUGGGGCCGCUGGUGUUGGCGGUGCCGUUUCUGUCUCGGGUGGUUUGACAAGCGGCACUGUUGGUAUCGGUGGUGCUAUGUCCGUCUCAGGUGGCACGGCGAUCGUCGCAGCAGGUGUAGGUGGCAAGACGUCCAUGUCUGGUGGCACCGGCGGUAGUACAGGUACUGGCGGCGCGUUGGAGUUAACCGGUGGUGUGGGAGGAAGUACUGGUGGUGCACUAUCGGUUGCUAGCGGACGCGCGUCAAGCGGUUUCAGCGGUUCUGUGCUAUUGACCUCGGGAACGUUAGAUGGGACAGCGACGGCAUUCAGCGGUGCUGUGACUAUCGCGUCUGGCGCUGCGUCUUCAGGCUCGAGUGGCCCGAUCACCGUGUCCACUGGCGCGUCGACAAGUGACGGUGCUGGCGGUGCGACGAGUGCUACUAGCAAUGUUGGAGGAAAGAUCGAUGUCGUGAGUGGUGCAGCAUCGGUCUCUACGCUUGGUAGUGGGCCGGUGUACCUGAACUCAGCUAGUAGCGGUGUAUCGGGAAUCGUGACAGUGAGUUCCGGUAGCAGCAGUGCUGGUACAUCUGGUUUAAUGACUGUGGCUAGUGGCGACGGUAUCGGAACCAGUGGCGUGGGCGGUGCAGUGCAGAUCAAGGGUGGUUCGACGAACAACGCCUCCGGUGUCGGUGGCAAAGUGUCUGUGUCUGCCGGCUCCGGUGGGACUACGAGUAGUGGUGGCGCUCUGGAGUUGACUAGUGGUGGCGGAGGCAGUACUGGUGGGGCACUGUCUAUUGCGAGCGGAAGCACGUCGAGCAGCAUCAGUGGGUCUGUGCUGUUGACAUCGGGUGCGUUGGGUACGUCGGCGACGGCGACGAAAUCCAGCGGUGCUGUGACGAUCGCGUCUGGUGCUGCUUCUUCAGGCUCGAGUGGCCCGAUCACCGUGUUCACCGGUGCGUCGACAAGUGGCGGUGCUGGCGGUACAAUUUCGUUGUCCGUUGGUGAUGGCGUCGCGGGCGCGGGCGGCGAUGCCAAGAUUAUAGCAGGUGCGACGAGUGCUAGUAGUGGUGUGGGCGGCAGUGUGAGCAUUAUAGCUGGUGCUGCUAGUGGCGCCAGUGGCAGUGCGGGUGGACGAGUUGACAUCACGAGUGGAACGUCGGCAGGCACGGGUAGCAGCAGUGGCGCAGUAUACGUGCGAUCUGCCUCGAAUGGUCUAUCUGGAAUGGUGACCAUGAGCUCUGGUAUUAGUACUUCUGGUGUAUCCGGAGAUGUGACAGUAGCCUCUGGAGCGAGUACUGGAGGUGCCAGCGGUCUGGUGAGUGUGGCUGGUGGGGCUGGUACUGGCGUAGGUGGAGUCGGAGGUCCAGUGUCGAUCUUGGGCGGUUCAACGAGCGACGCCGCCAGUGCUGGUGGCAAGGUCUCUGUGUCUGGAGGUGCAAGCGGUUCAACGGGUACUGGUGGGGCCGUGGAACUAACGGCAGGUGCUGGGGGUAGUACCGGAGGCUCGUUGUCUGUUGGUACUGGAAGUGCAUCAGGUGGUACCAGCGGAGCUUUGCUACUAACGACUGGGUCGUUGAGUAAUGCAGCGACGAGCUCUAGUGGUACUAUUACGGUGCGUUCUGGCCCAGCAUCCUCUGGAUCGAGUGCAGCGCAGAUGACGUAG